GGUGAUGCACCGACCAAAAGCACACUGCCUACGCGACACAUUCAUCGGUCUCGUCCAGUGACGUUCCAGCCUGCGUCAUGGCCAGGAACGCGGUGCACGCCGUCAGGGCGGCGCUCUACCUUCUGCUCGCGCUUGCCGUGGCGAACUGCGCGUUCGCCGGCCGCGUCCUCGACGAGCAGCCCGCGGCUCCAGCGGAGGCUCCCCUGCCGGCCGACCCGCUUCCCGCCCCCACAGAACCCCCCACUGAUCCGGCGGUGGUGGCGCCAGCGGCCGGCCCAGCCGCAGCGGCGGGCGCGGCGGGGGCAGCGAUCGCUGGUGCCGCCGCGACGGGCAAUGCAGGAGCUGCCGGCGGUGGCGCUGCAGCGGCGAACGCAGGUGCUGGCGCUGCGGGAGCCGCGGGCGACCACCCGCUGACGUUCUUCAUGCACGACAUCCUCGGGGGCUCGCAGCCGUCGGGGCGCAUCGUGACCGGCGUGGUGGCGAGCGCGGCGGCCAACGGGCAGCUCCCGUUCGCGCGCCCCAACACCAACAUCUUCCCGAUCCAGGGCGCGGUGCCGCUGCCGCAGGGCGCCGCCAACCUCAUCAACAGCAACAACGUCCCCUACGUCGCGGGCCUCGGCGGCAGCGGCAGCUCCGGCACCCUCGUCCAGAACAACGGCAACACCGUCAACGGCGGCAACAAGAACAUCCCCUACGUCAACGCCGGGGACCUCCCGUCCGGCGUCACGCUCCAGAACCUCCUCUUCGGCACCACCACCGUCAUCGACGACGAGCUCACCGAGGGCCACGAGAUCGGCGCCGGGGUCAUCGGCAGGGCGCAGGGGUUCUACGUCGCCAGCUCGCAGGACGGCACCAGCAAGACCAUCGUGCUCACGGCCAUGUUCGAGGGGCCCGAGGCGUCGCACGGCGACACGCUCAGCUUCUUCGGGGUCCACCGGAUGGCCGCGCCAGAGUCCCACAUCGCCGUCAUCGGAGGCACCGGCAAGUACGAGAACGCCAAGGGCUUCGCCGCCAUCCAGACGCUGCACCCCGGCGACCAGCACACCACCGACGGCGUCGAGACCAUCCUCCAGUUCAACGUGCACCUCAUUUGAGCUGCCCCAUUGCAAGCUCUUGUCGUUCCAGGCUACGAUGCUCUGCAGUUUCGUGCAACGUUUGUAUUUCCAAGUACUGUCACUUUUCUGCCAUGUAUGUAGUGUGAUAGGUGCUUUGAUCGCAUCAGCAUAUGGUGAUAUUGUAUGGAGUAAAUCAAGUAUCUUUAAUAUGAUGAAAUCUCCCAGAA